AUGCAGCUCCGGUACCUCCUCACCACGCUCGUGGCAAGCGUCGUCGCUUCGCCCGUAGCCAACAUCGAGCCCCGCCAGAACGGCGUCGUCUACGCCUGCACGCAGCCCAACACCAUUGCCCUCACCUUUGACGAUGGUCCUUACAUCUACACCUCCACCGUGCUCGACAAGCUCAAGGCUGCCGGCAUGAAGGCCACCUUCUUCGUCAACGGCCAGAACUGGGGCAACAUCUACGACAACCAGGCCGUCGUCAAGAGGAUGAUUGCCGAGGGCCACCAGAUCGGUUCUCACACCUACAACUCGGCCACCCUCUCCACCCUCAGCGGCCUCGGCUACCGCGUCAUCCAGGCCAACAUCGACACCCUCGACUGGCAGUACAACACCGCCGCCACCACCGCCCAGAGCGCCACCAUCUUCCGCAACGGCGUCAACGGCGGCGGCACCAUCUCCCUCGCCCACGAUGUUCACCAGACCACCGCCAACAACCUUGUCCCCGCCAUGAUUAGCCACAUUCAGUCCCGCGGUCUCCGAGCCGUCACUGUCGGUGAAUGCCUCGGCGAUGCUGCCGCCAACUGGUACCGCACUUCUCGCGGCACCACUCCUCCCACCAACCCUCCCGGCGGCGGCACCACCACCCCCGAUGGCACCUGCGGCGCUGCCAAGGGCUACAAGUGCCCCACGAACCAGUACAAGUGCUGCUCCCAAUGGGGAUGGUGCGGCGACACCGCCGAGCACUGCGCCGCUGGCUGCAACCCCGCCUACGGUAUCUGCUGGUAA